AUGUCAUUCCUGGGACGCAUCAGGCGCAAGAAGCUCGUGUGCUUCUACUGCCAGCAGCUGAACGGCGAAAUACUAGACUACGUCCCCGACUCGCCCCCCAAGCCCGCCCCCAUCUACGCCCGCCGCCGCACCUCCCCGCGCGCAAACAUCCACUCCUUCUCGUCCACCACGCGCUCCUCCACGCCCGACUCCCCCGCCGCCACCUCGCCCACAACAGCAACAGCAACAGCAACAACAGACGAGAAGCCCUUCUGCCGCACCUGCGUCAACAACCAGCGCGUCGUCACGGACGCAAUCGCCGCAUACCCGCUGCCCCCCGAGGACCACCCGGACUACGACGAGGUCGUCAGCGUGCAGUUUCCCAAGUACCGCGCAACGCUCGAGGAGCGCUGGCCGCAGGUGUGCGCCCGCUGUGCGCCGCGCGUCAACGAGAGGAUCAGAACGAGCAACUACCAGGUCAAGGUGGCGUCGCUGGGGCAGAUGCUGGCGCGGACGAGCGGGGGCGCCGUGUGGUGCUACUUCCAUGUGCUGAUGAUUGUGUGGCAUGGGGCGGCGCUGGUGCAGCCGGCGGUGGCGAUGGAGAUGGAGACGGAGGUGGCGUCGUGGGGGAGCUGUGUGCUGAGGAGUGCGGUGGCCGGAGAGGUCGAUGUGCAUUGUUAUGGCGUGGCCGCGCAGCAGGCGAGGUGGGUGCCGUGGAGCUUGGUGGGCUUCUUUUGGAUCUAUAGGGAGAGGGGCCUGCAGAGGCAGCCGCAUAAGAAGUUGGUCGGGUCGAGGGAGUAUUUUAGGCUCGAGAUGGCCAUCUAUGUGUUCCGCAUGCUGUGCUGGUACUUUGUGACCCCCGGCGGAGUGCCCCUGACGGAGGAGGCGUUCACAAUGGUGCAUUUGGGCCUGUUCUUCCUGUCAUUCCUGUCUACAUUGUUCUCAAUCACCUGCCUCAAACUAGAAGACCCACCCUCCAUCUCCCUCCGCGAACCACAGCCCGUCCCCGGCACCCCCAGCCCCCCGAAUCCCCCCCACCACAAAUGA